GGGACAUGCCCGACUUGACGCUCGGCGCGUGCGAGCUCCCGAGAGAUCGUCGACACGAUGGGCCUCCCCCCAGGGUGGCAGGGCGGCCCCCCCCGUGGCUGUGGCCGGCCGGAGCCAGGGCUGCCUGGGGCUGCCGCUGGGCCCCGGCAGCGGCGAGCUGAGGCUGCCCUGCCUCUUCGUGGCGGACCUCGAGCAGGAUGGAUGGUAUUCCGCAGAGAGGCUCCGCGGCACGCUGGCGCUGUACGCGGACGCCACCUUGGUGCGGCACGGCGCGCGGCACCGGGUGCCCGCGCUGGGGCGCGAGGCCGCCGAUCUGGUGUGCGGCUUCCUCGACCGCUUCCGGGCGGCGCCGGCCGCCUGAGCCCAUAUGGCCCCGCCCCGUGGCCUCCGGCCGAGGGCCGCGGCGGGGCGCGCUUGUCCGUGCCGCGCGGGGGGCAAAGAGCGGCGGAGCGUCCUGGCUCGACUGGUGAGCGUCUUGUUUUUCGGCGUUUUUCCGCAUUGGGCUUAGGUCGGGC